AUGAACUCUCAUCAAUUCGACCCGGCCACCAUGAUCGGUCUGGCCGGCGCCUCCCCAAGAACGGACGACAACUUCGAUAUCUUCGAAUGGUACCCAGGAUACCAGAGCUGCCAACGAUAUUUCCUAGACCACGCCCAACACAGCGUCCCCGUCCAGGCUCUCUCUGCAUUUUUGAACAUCCGACUCCCCUUCCAGCGCCAACCGAAUCCCGUCUUCAACUCGACCUCGCCAUCUUCGUCUUCCUCCGCCACCCACAUCCCCCCAGCCGGCUCACAACCCCCCGGCCCGCCCUCCGUUUCACUGAUCCCAUACAUCCGCCGCCUAGUCGCAACCGGAAUGGACUUCCCAGGCGUGCUGCACGGCUUCUUCGGCGACGACUGGGGUAGCGGCGUGGGCCCAUUGCACGAGCAGGAACGGCGCAAUUACCUAUUCGCCGCGAAGAGCGGCGGCUGGGCUUCCGUCAAGAAGGACUACGAUAUCCCGCCUCUGGAAACCAUUCCCUUUUUGCGCCCUUUGCAAGGUCCCUCGGACGCGGAGAUCGAAGCCGCCGAACGCUCCUGGAGUGAAUGGCUCGCUAUGGAAGAUUGGAUGGUUGGACCCCGGGCGCCUGAUAUCCUCCAUGACUCUUCCUCGCAGAAUUCACGGCCGCGCAGCGCACGCGGAUAA